UUCCUGAUCAGAAAAUGGAAAGAACUUGAUAUCAUAGUUUUCAUGUUUACCCCUUGACCAUAGGUACCAUGGUGAGGAAGAUGACAUUCAAAGGAUGGGCCCAUAGGAAACAUCUCCAGCUGGUGGUGGAGAAUGACUCGACUGCCAACAUUCAGUGGGGCUCCAACAACAAAUCCAGACAGCUUUCAGUUUCCAGUAUCUCCAGUAUCCAGAGUUCCACAGUUCAAGGAAAGCCCAGCCUCCAUCUGAUCACCGAGGAACGAGACUUCACUUUCCUCUUCAACUCCAACCAGGACCAGGAGAGCUGGAGGUACGCCCUGUGGACUCUCAUCAACACAGAUGCAGAGCCAGAGGGAGACUCUGAGAGCGAAGACACACACCUUUAAAGCCAAAGUGCUGCCAGUACCCUGGGCGCAGUGCCUUCCCACAAGUACCCCACACGCAAGGGACAAGCCAGGAGUCUUGGUAACCAUCGGUAACAAAGCACAAACAAUGAAGCAUCCAUAUGCAGUUAAUGGUAAAGCAUGACCUGGGGAUAACCAAUGGUCAAUUCAGUUCAUUGGUUGUAACAUUUAUGAUCUGGAAAUCUUAUUGAAUAACACAUGUACUCAAGGCACUGAUAAAUGCAUACCAGUAUAUUACAGAUAAAGCAGACGGAUCAGUAAUACUCAAGAAAUGUUAGUGGUUUCUAUUUGGGAAUUAACGAGAAUAUAAUUGAUACAAUUUUUGUGCGCUCAAGGUGCACUUGAGGUGCAUUCGAAUUACUUAUGGAAGUCCGCAUGACAACAGUAGAACCCCAUAUGAUGCGUCGUAUCAACCGGUCCGCACACCCAUAUCAACAUUAUAGCAGCCAAGGUAUUAUCAUUAUAUUAUGUUUUUUUACAAUAACUUUGAUUAAGUAAACUAAAAUGUAGUAAUCACAGCCUACCACAUGUAUGUAUAUUUUCCAUUCAGAUGAAGUAGCCUCUACCAGGCUGCACAGCUCGCUGCAAAAAUAGUAGAAAUUGUCAAGAUAAGACAGACGAGUUACAUGGCCAAGGAGUACAGUGUGUGACCUAAGGAUGGGCCGAACAACACUGAUAGGCCAAUUAACUCCUACUAGGCUUUCAUUACUAACUUUGCCAAAGUCCCCUAUUUGGUAGUCUCCAAGCAGACC